AGUUUCAAAAAAUUUUGCAUGCCCAAAAUGGACCGUGCAGGAUUUGCUCUUUUAAUGAUUUUGACUGUUGUGCUCGUGCGAGUUGGUGACGGUCAAAGGGACGCGGCAGGUGGGAGGAAAGAGGGUGCGGGGGCAGGCCGGGCGGUCUGGGACCAGCUGCAGUCCCGGGGGAUCAGUCGAGGUCACUCGCCGAGGGGACCGCGGGACGGUUCGUCCUCGAGAACAUCCAGUGACUCUUCACCUGGGACCAGUCAGUCGAGGACUCUGGUCCGCCUGCCCAGGGGGACAUCAUCUCAGGAGAAUCGCAAGCACAUAUCCAAAGAAAGACCGGUCCAUGCUGCUGCCACCUCCGGGGAAGAUCUUGUCUCUGCGCCGAGGGAUGGUGCGCGGCGCACCGCCAGACACCCUACCAGCCAGCAGCAGCGAAACAGAGUGAACCGCAGGCAGAGCAGCAGGCACAGCUCUGCCAGCACUAAGCGACUUAUCGGGCCGAAUGUCUGUGGAGGUCAGCAGUGCUGCUCUGGUUGGGCUUUGGCACCAGGAACCAACCGCUGCAUAAAAC